CGUGUCGGCCAACGUGCUUAGCCCAGGCAUCGUCCGGACGGAGAUCCUGCGCCACUACGGCCGGGCCAGCCGCAUGCUCUACUGGCUCUGCAGCCCCUUCAUGAGGAGCCCCCAAAAGGGAGCCACCAGCACGCUCUACUGCGCCAUCUCCCCAGAGGUGGAGGGGAUUUCGGGCAAGUAUUUUGACAGCAACUGCACUCUGGUGCUGCCUCAAGCCCUCGCGCAGGACCCAGACCUGGGCCAGAGGCUGUGGGAGGCGCUGGAGAAGGCCACGGGCCUCAAGACGGACGGAAGCCAGCAGGCGGUCUCUGGCCCUCUGCCAAGGGGAUGUUUGGGGGCGUCUCCCUCUUUUCUGGCUGGGGGAACAGAAAAGCUGCUGCUCAGCAACGCGGAUCUGACGCCCUUUCCAAGAACUCUUCUCUGCAAAGUUGCCAAGAACCACGGCCAGGAAAGCAAAAUUCACCCUGGAUUUUCUCUCAUCCUGUGA